UUUGUUGCUGCGGAAAUUUGAGGAAAUGAAAGAAAAUUUCGAGUAAUUGAAAGCUACGGAGGGUAAAAUUCGAUUUCUUUUUUUCCAUCUUUGGUUAAAUUUUACUAUUGUGUGUUUGGUUGCUGACAAAUGGUGGAAAACAAAUAAAUGGAAAAUAUGAUUCGAGCCUCUAUGUGUUUUUUCCUUUUUACUUGAAAAUAAACACUCGACUUAAUUUAAGUCGUUUAUAUAUAUAUAUAUAUAUAUAUAUAGUUUCUUAAGUUUUCCUCUCUUUUCUCAACGACCAAACGGGGACCUUUUCUUAAUACUGCUAUGGAUGAAUGUGUGUGUGUAUGCGCGCGUGCGCGUGGAAGGACGUAUGGAAUUCGUAGGAGGCUCUGUGUAUGUUGCAAGUCUUUAUAGAUUGAGAAUAUGAAGCAAGGAACAUCAUCCUUAAAUCCGAAUGCAGCAUCAUACAUACCACUUUUUAAGCAAGUAGCAAAGAUUGAGGGUAAAGUUUCUGGGUUAACAACAGAAGAUUCUUUGAAGAAUGGUUAUAAGACUUCUUGGUCCCGCUGUCCUCCUGAAGGCUACAGUGGAAUUGAUCAGAGAUAUCUCCAAGCUGGUAUGGAUUAUGACAUACAUGGCUUCAAGGGUCCUCUCAUUGGCAAUGAAUUCAUGGAGAAGGGUCUACCUACAUCCAGUGAACUGACAAAAAAGCACUCCAUAGAUGAAGAUUCUGAAAUGGACAUGGCUUAUCUGACAAUCAUGUUCCCCAAUAUGUCAGAACAGUCCAUUGCUGAUGUUUACUCUGCUAAUGCGGGUGACCUAGAAGCCUCAAUUGAAAUGUUGAAUGAACUAGAGCUCUGUCCUGUUGAUUUUUCCGAACGUCUGCCGGACAGCUUGGACAUUGGUGAUGUGUCAGAACAGAAAGUUACUGAAGGUUCUUAUUCAAACCUGAAGAGCAUCUUCCCGGGGGAAGCCAGUGGGUCUUCAGCUGGUCCCUCUGAUUCAGGCUCUUAAGUUCCUAACUGCAUCUGCAUCCGAUAGAAAGAUUGAUGUAGAGGGGGAGAGAGAGUGGCUUCCUUCUUAGAAGUUGUAGAUAGGUAAGAAUUAGGAUAAUUCGGAUAUAAUGUUCGGAGUUUCUUUCCCGAUAUAUGUUGUAAAGUGUCACUGUUCCAUUUUCUGUCCUAUAUUUCUUUACUGGUUAUCCCUUUUAUCUCAAGUCUUGUCCGGUGCAAAGAUAUAUAUCUUAUUUACAUAUAUUACAAUCUAUGUUUAUGUUUUACUUUCUUUUUAAA